AUGCUUAUCAUAGCUGACUCGACAGAGCUAGACUAUGAAACAGGAUUUAGUCUUCGAUACAUUCAAGACUCCGGGAAACCUUUGCCGAAACCGCCGCCGCCAGUUUGGGUACCUGGAAGUGAAAACCGUGGCUUCCGUGGUCAAACGGCUGUUGGAGGUCCAAUUGAGAAAUUCAUUCUCAAUGCUAUUCCAAAAGUUCGAGAUCCAAAUCGACCAUGGGAAAGCAUAGCAAGUAUUGUUACCGAAUACAGUUUGGCUAGUUUAUUCGGUGUGAGCCAACGGCGGUGA